AUCUUCAAGAAGCCACAGUAAUAAAAGAAAUUCUACUGUGAUAUCACUGAGAGUUCUAUUUCAACUUUAGUACUAGGGUAAGAUGAAAUAGUUUAUUUCUUGCCCCAGUGGGGAGAUAAGAGAAUUACCACAAAAAAGAAAAAGUAACCAAUGAUAGAUCUGCAAUCAAAAUGACUACUAGCAUAAUCAAUAUCAAAGUAAGAACGAAACACAACAAAGGAGUUAGCAGAAAAAUAAAAUCCAUAAAACAAUGUUCACUUAACAUAGCGAAUAAAGCCAAUUAUUGCUGCAUAAUAUUCACUCAUAGUCAUCUGCUUUCCACUGCUGGGGAUGCUGAAUCGAGGAAGGCCACACAUGACAAGCAAGCCUCAACCUCUGCCUUGGGUAUAAAGGGUACAACUGAUGUUCCGAAGCUUGAGAAGGUUAAAUCCAAACUUAAUUCUCAACUAAAAGCAGAAAUUUAGUGAUCUUCCACAACCGCUGCUAUUGUGCCGCCAUGGAUGGGUUCCUGCACGAGACCACUAACACCCAUUCCCUAGUUAUCACCGUCAGCAGUUACUAUGGUUUGGUUGGCACUGUCCUCUUCGGCAUUCACAGCUCUAGAUUUUCUUCAUGCUAUCACUAUCUCCAGUGCAGAGUAGUAGGCAAGGGAAACACUAUCCUCCAUAUGAUGGUAAAGUCAGAGGAAAAGAGUUGCUACUCAAAAAAGGGUUGAGGAAGAAAAUAAGGAAAAAGCAGAGGGAAUGAAAGACAAUUACUUUUGCAAAUUAACCUUCUCAAGCUUCUGAACAUCAGUUGUGCCCUUUAUAUUCAAGGCCAAAGUUAAGGCUUGCUCGUCAUGUGUGGCCUCCUCAAUUCAGCAUCCCCAGCAGUGGAAACCAGAUGAUUCUGAGUGACCAGUGCAGUAGCAAAUUGCAGGAUUAACUGGCAAAUAGUGGAGAUGAAGUUGCUAGAAAAAGUGCUGCUUCUUGGCCAACAUGUGGAUGUGCCAUCAACUGCUGCUGCGAGCUUUCCCUUUGGCACCUCAGUUAGCUUGUCUUCCCUCUUACUCAACUUUAAGGCUCCCUCAGUGGUGCCUUUGCCUGCAGGAGAUGAGGAAAAAACAGGUUAUCGAUUGUCUAGAAAAACAAGUUAUUGACAUCAAGUUCUUCAAUACAUUAAUGUUCCAGGACAUCAUUAUCAUAUGGUAUUCCAGUUUGGGAAGUUCUAUAACUGGAGUAACAAGCUUGUUUGUUGCAAGUUCUUCAAUGCAACAUGCUGAAGGAAUUUCAUUAUCAGUCUGAAACAUAAAUAAGUAAAAGAAUUAGUAAUUGAAACUGAGAGAUCAACAAUCAAAAGUAGUGCAUCAC